GUGUUGAAAGUCAGAUAAGUAAGGACAGAGACGGGGAAAGAUAGGGAGAGAGACGCAGAGAGACACGGAGAGACGCGGAGAGACAGAGAGAGACUUGGAGAGACACGGAGAGACGUGGAGACAUCCAGGCCGAGAGGAAGAGUCCGCCUUCAUGUCUGGCAGGUGUCCUACCUGGCCCGGCCCCCCAGGUAAACCUCAGCCAGUGCUGCAGGCAGUCUAACUCACAGUCCCCAAGUGACUCUUGAAAACACCUGCCGAGAAGACGAUGGCCCAAGUCCUGCACGCGCCAGCCCCCUUCCCAGGGACCCCCGGCCCGGUCUCCCCGCCCGCCUUCCCCACCAGGGAGUCCGAGCCCCCUUACUCGGUGGAGACCCCCUAUGGCUACCGCCUGGACCUCGACUUCCUCAAGUACGUGGACGACAUCGAGAAGGGCCACACGCUGCGCAGGGUGGCCGUGCAGCGCCGUCCGCGCCUGGGCUCGCUGCCCCGCGGCCCCGGCUCCUGGUGGACGUCCACCGAGUCGCUCUGCUCCAACGCCAGCGGGGACAGCCGCCACUCGGCCUACUCCUACUGCGGCCGCGGCUUCUACCCGCAGUAUGGCGCCCUGGAGACCCGCACCGGCUUCAACCCGCGCGUGGAGCGCACGCUGCUGGACGCCCGGCGCCGCCUCGAGGACCAGGCGUCCGCCCCCGCCGGCCUGGGCUCCCUGACACCCAGCGCCGCCGGCUCCACGGGCUCCCUGGUGGGCCUGGGGCUGCCGCCCCCGACGCCGCGGGGCUCGGGACUGUCCACGCCGGUGGCGCCCAGCGCCGGGCACCUGGCGCACGUGCGGGAGCAGAUGGCGGGCGCCCUGCGCAAGCUGCGCCAGCUGGAGGAGCAGGUGAAACUCAUCCCCGUGCUCCAGGUGAAGCUGUCGGUGCUGCAGGAGGAGAAGCGGCAGCUGGCGGUGCAGCUCAAGAGCCAGAAGUUUCUGGGCCACCGCGGCGAGCUGGGCCAGGGCCACUCCGAGGACCCCGAGACCCGGAGCGUGGGCACCUGGGUCCGCGAGCGGGACCUGGGCAUGCCCGACGGGGAGGCAGCGCUGGCGGCCAAGGUGACCGUGCUGGAGAAGCAGCUGAAAAAGGCGCUGCAGGAGCUGCAGACGGCCCAGGCCCGGCCCCCGCCGGAGAGCCCCAUCCGCGUGGACACCGUCCGGGUGGUGGAAGGGCCGCGGGAGGUGGAGGUGGCCGCCAGCACGGCCGCCGGGGCCCCUGCCCAGCACGCCCAGAGCCUGGAGCCCUACGGGGCCGGGCUGCGGGCCCUGGCGACGUCCAGCGGGGCCGAGGGCAUCCCCGUGUUCUGCAGCCGCGAGGUGGUGGAGACGGCAUUCCCCACGCCCAUUGCGUCCACUGGCCACGUCCACGCCGUGAAAAAGAUCAGCAUUACAGAGCGAAGCUCCGAUGGGGCAGCAGGUCUCCCACGGGCUCCGGCUGAGUUGUCCUCGCCACCCCCAGAGCCUGCAGCCACCUCCCUGGCACAGUCCGAGAAGAACGCAAGCCAUGUGCCUGCUUGUGAUGCCGCCUCCAGGGAGCCCGCCAAGCAAGCAGCCUCACCCGAGUUGGGGGCGGCCGGGGAUCCCGGUGGGCCGCAGACGGACCUGAGAUCCAUCAUGAAGCGGAAAGAGGAGCCCCCAGACCCGGCAGCCCACCCACGCAGCCUCCAGUUUGUGGGAGUCAACGGGGGAUAUGAGUCCUCGUCUGAGGACUCCAGCACAGCGGAGAACUUCUCGGACAACGAGAGUACAGAGGGCGAGGCCCCAGAGCCAGCAGAGAGGAUGCCGAGUGUGGCCGAAGCCCCCCAGCCCAGGCCCACAGGGAUGGCCGAGAACAAGAGCAGCCGGCAGGAGUGCCAGCUAUCUCGGGAGACCCAGCACGUGCCCACAGCCGAGGGGGCGUCGGAAUCCAACGUGGAGGAGGAGAUCCGGAUGGAGCUGAGUCCGGACCUCAUUUCUGCUUGCCUGGCCCUGGAAAAGUACCUGGACAACCCCAGCCUCCUCAGCGAGCGGGAGCUGAAGGUGGCCUACACCACGGUGCUGCAGGAGUGGCUGCACCUGGCUUGCCGCAGCGACGCCCACCCCGAGCUUGUGCGGCGUCACCUCGUCACCUUCAGGGCCGUGUCCACGCGGCUGCUGGACUACGUGGUCAACAUCGCCGACGGCAACGGCAACACCGCGCUGCACUACUCCGUGUCGCACGCCAACUACCCCGUGGUGCGGCAGCUGCUGGGCAGCGGUGUCUGCCAGGUGGACAAACAGAACUGUGCCGGCUACAGCCCCCUCAUGCUCACCGCCCUGGCCACGCUGGAGACCCAGGAUGACACAGACACCGUCCUGCAGCUCUUCCGGCUCGGAGACGUGAACGCCAAAGCCAGCCAGGCGGGACAGACAGCCCUGAUGCUGGCUGUCAGCCACGGCCGGGUGGACGUGGUCAAAGCCCUGCUGGCCUGCGAGGCAGACGUCAACGUGCAAGAUGACGACGGCUCCACGGCCCUGAUGUGCGCCUGUGAGCACGGCCACAAGGAGAUCACGGGGCUGCUGCUGGCCGUGCCCAGCUGCGACAUCUCGCUCACUGACCGCGACGGGAGCACAGCUUUGAUGGUGGCCUUGGACGCCGGGCACAGUGAGAUUGUGUCCAUGCUCUACUCCCGUAUGAACAUCAAGUGCUCGUUCGCCCCAAUGACCAACGACGGGAGCCCGGCAUCAUCUUCUGCCGAAGAAUAGCCAGCAGCCGGCCUCGGAGCGGACUGUCCGUCCCCCCCCAUCCCGUCCCCUUCCCUCCCCGCCCCCCCACAUCCCACUCUCCCCAAGGCCCAAGUCUCAAAGGCAAGUGGAUUUUAUUUCCACUUCCCCAGGGAAGUUGCCGACUGUGCGGCAUGUUUCCCCGUUACCCCCGUUCAAAGCAGCCACCUCGCAGACUGAAGCCCAGUUUUUGUCCAAACUGGCGCCAGUCGCUGAUGCUGGGGCGUGAGUUUUUUGAAGCACGUUGAGAACAACAAGUUGGCGAUCCUGGAUGGAAGGGGUGAGAGGGGAAAAAAAAAAGUGUUUAAGAAUCACUAUUAAGGUGCGGGGUGAAUCAUAUUCUUGGCUGCCAGAUUUGAAAGUCACUGGAAUGGCAUAUUUAGCUUUUCAUCCUGAAUGCUAUUACGCACGAGUUGAGGUCUCAAAUGGCUUUGCCCCCCACCCCCAUGCCAUGUUUAAUUGUUUGGUAUAUAAUGGCGUUCUGUCCACACACACACCCCCAGACGGCUUCCUUGGGGAAAUUUUCUUCUGGGCUCUUUACAAAACAGAUUCUGUCCUUGUCACCAGCUCUGCCCUUUCUUCAGCUUUCCUACUGCCACCGCCAGUGUUUCCUCCAUUCAGGCUCAGAACCCCAACUCCAAGAUGCCCGGGACAUCUCGGAGAUCAAUUCAGGUCAAGAAAUUUCCCCUGAAAUCCAUUCCCUCCUGGCAGGAGGCCUCAGCAAAUAUUCAUUUUCCUAGAAAAUCCUUCAGACCCGAGAUGCGGGAAAAGGGUUCGGUUCUGAGAUCCACAGGUAACGGGACCCUCGGUUUCCAGCUCAGGGGCUCCAAAACCUCUCCCGUCAGAGCAAACAGGGCAUGUGCUUGUUGGCAAAGCCCAGGCCCAGCUCCAGAAAUCCCAUGUGUCCUCGAUUAAAAGUUGGCUGCCCCCAGAGGACGCGCAAGGCAAACUUAAAGAGACAGGGCUUUGCGGAAAACCAAACAAGGGGCAACUGGUUUUCCCAACAGCCUUAAAGGCUUGCCAAGGGUUUGCCUGGACCCCAGCCCACUG